GCCUUUCGUGCUUCUGAGUUGGACAGUUUUCCUCAAGGCGUUUCCUGGGCGUUGUGGCCUCAUCAGAGGAAACCUCAGAAAAAGCUACAGGAGGCACAGUCCAGGAGUUAAAUGCCCUCUGUUGGGUCUUCCUAGGAGUGGAAAGUGUAUUUCAGUUACAGGCUACUUAUGCUUAAGGGGAAGUUAUCUGGACGUCUGUAGGCCAAGUUCAUCAUAGCAAAUAAAACUACUUAAUAGUUUCCCUUGGUCUAGCCAACUCCACCCCUCGGUUGUAAACCCUAUGAACAAUUACGCUUUUCUCAAACUGACGACACUCAGAGCUUCCAAAGUUGGCGGUUUGUGCAAUCCUAGAAGCCCGAUCAGCAUGAAUGAAUGUUCCCCUUCCUCUCCAGCUGACAGUACUGGAGGGCCAUUUCUGCAGAUUUGAAGAAAAUGCACUUCUGAUCUUUAUUACUGGGUGGUGCCAUGAUUAAAAUGGCUUCCAGAGGGAAGACAGAGACAAGCAAAUUAAAGCAGAAUUUAGAAGAACAGUUGGAUAGACUGAUGCAGCAAUUACAAGAUCUGGAGGAAUGCAGAGAGGAGCUUGACGCCGACGAAUAUGAAGAAACUAAAAGGGAAACUCUGGAGCAGCUGCGUGAAUUCAGCGACUCCCUAAAGAAGAUUAUGUCGGGAAAUAUGACCUUGGUCGAUGAGCUCAGCGGCAUGCAGCUGGCUAUUCAGGCGGCUAUCAGCCAGGCCUUUAAAACACCGGAAGUCAUCAGAUUGUUUGCAAAGAAACAACCAGGUCAACUUCGGACAAGGUUAGCAGAGAUGGACAGAGAUCUGAUGGUGGGGAAGCUGGAAAGAGACCUGUACACGCAGCAGAAGGUGGAGAUUCUCACCGCUCUCAGGAAGCUUGGAGAAAAGCUGACGGACGAUGACGAGGCCUUCCUGACAGCCAAUGCAGGUGCUGCGCUCAGCCAGUUUGAGAAAGUCUCCACAGACCUAGGCUCUGGAGAUAAAGUCCUUGCUCUGGCAGGUUUUGAGGUUGAAAAAGCCAAGAAAUGACAUUGCGGCGGUUUGGUGCCACCAGCCCCAUCGUAGCUGCACAUGGUGCUUUCAUCCUGAGGACUUGGAGGCAUUGCGAAGCAGUAGAGAUUCUCACAAUGCCCAAGAGCAGGUGACACGGAAACAGUGUGGCUUCUGUUAGGUCCUUCAUCCUAGAAGGUCCUUGUCCUUCUCUGUAUGGGGCUCCCUUCAAUGACCCUGGGCUUGUUGACACACAGGACCUGCUGGACUCUUUCUGAUGGUUCCAUCUA